AAGACUCAUAGUUCCAUCGAUGAUUGAGAAAGAAAGCGAACAUGGUCUUAGCAAGAACAGCAGAACAGAACCAACCAACCAACCAUACAUACAUAGCUGUUCUAAUACUUAAAGACAAAAGGCACUAACACAAGGGCAUCUUUUCUGUUUGUGUGGUUGUAAAGUCAACGUCACCAACUCAGAUCCAAACUGCGCCCGAAGUUAACUUCCCAACGACAACGUCGUCUUAUCAAUUUUCCUCUUUUUUGGACUGCCAAAUACAUUACAUUAUUCGAUUCACCCUAAUGUGUCUGUAUCGACGAAGAAGAGAACCACCUUAUGUCGGGUCGUUUUGCUAGUUUCAUUCUUCGCCUUGUACCAGUUGAUGCCUUCAAUCUUGAAGAACUUGCUAGGAACAAUUGAAACUCUUCUCUAUCUUUUUCAUUUCUUUCUUAUGGCUCUCUUAAUGAUGGAAAUAUCGAGUUAUACGUCUGUAGGCAGAGAUAGGAACUGUUUCUAUUUCCUUUUACUCACACAUACAUUACUAUUUUCAGGAAGCAGGUGCUAUUCUACGUCGGCUGUGAUAUGGAGCUUGUUAGGGUGCUUGCUUUUGUUUCAUCUAUAUUCCAAUGUUCACCAUAAACAUGGGGAAGGUAGAGAAGUGCAAUUGCGUGUGACUAAUCAUCCUCAAUUGCAUGAACUCCAACAAGUGGAAGGGGAGAUCAUCCAACUCCCACCAAAGGGGAAGAGGUCCCCUCGGGCAGCAAAACGCAGGCAUAAGCGGGUAACCCCACUGGUUGAUGAAUUCUUGGAUGAAGAUUCGCGACUGAGACAUGUUUUCUUCCCUGGUAACAAGAGUGCUAUUCAUCCAAUGAGGGUCACGGGGAAUGAUAGUUAUUACUACUACCCUGGGAGAAUUUGGUUGGAUACUGAUGGAAAUCCUAUUCAAGCUCAUGGAGGGGGCAUUCUAUAUGAUGAAAGAUCACACACAUACUAUUGGUAUGGUGAAUAUAAAGAUGGGCCCACGUACCAUGCUCACAAGAGAGCAUCUGCUAGGGUGGACAUUAUAGGAGUUGGUUGCUAUUCUUCUAAGGACUUGUGGUCCUGGAAAAAUGAAGGUAUUGUAUUGGCAGCAGAGGAAUCGAAUGUAACCCAUGACCUGUACAAGACUAAUGUGCUUGAGAGGCCAAAAGUAAUUUACAACGAGAAAAUCAGAAAGUAUGUGAUGUGGAUGCACAUCGACGAUGCCAAUUAUACAAAAGCUUCUGUUGGCACAGCAAUUAGUGACACACCUGAUGGUCCAUUUGAAUAUCUUGGUAGCCAAAGGCCCCACGGAUAUGAAAGCAGGGAUAUGACAGUUUUCAAAGAUGAGGAUGGUGUGGCAUACCUUAUCUACUCUUCUGAAGAAAACAACGUACUGCACAUUGGACCCCUGACCGAAGAUUAUCUGAAUGUGAUUCCUGUCAUGAGAAGACUUUUUGUGGGACAGCGCAGAGAAGCACCAGCUGUGUUCAAGCACCAGGGCACAUAUUACAUGAUCACAUCCGGCUGCACGGGAUGGGCCCCGAAUGAAGCACUGGUUCAUGCAGCUGAGUCAAUCCUGGGGCCUUGGGAAACAAUGGGAAAUCCAUGUGUUGGAGGGAACAAAAUGUUUCGAAUUGCUACCUUUCUCGCUCAAAGCACUUUUGUGCUUCCUCUACCUGGGUUCCCCGGUUCAUUUAUUUUCAUGGCUGAUAGAUGGAAUCCAGCCAACUUAAGAGACUCAAGAUAUGUUUGGUUGCCUUUGAUAGUGGAAGGACCUGCUGAUCAUGCAUUGGAGUACAGUUCUGGAUUACCACUGUGGUCAAGAGUUUCUAUCUAUUGGCAUAGAAAAUGGAGGCUGCCUCAGGGGUGGAGCACAUUCAAGUAAUUCUUGUUGUACAUUUGUUUUUUUGAUAAACUUUGUUGUACAUUUGUGGCCAUCAAAGAAGUACUGAUUCUUCCGACUUUACAGAUAUGAUAAAUGAUAGUAACCCACGCUCUAACACACCCUUCUUAA